ACAGUUUGCUAGUUGCAAUAUUCUACCUAACUCAGCCUCCUUCCCGUUAAUAAAAACCGCUCUUUGUGGCUCAAGACAUCCACAGUCGACAAAAAUGAAGCAAAGUUAUAUCUUAUUUGUAUCAUUCUUUUUCUUCUUCUUUGUCCAUUUCACUAAAACCCUAUCUCAGUCUCCUGCUCCGGCUCCGGCACCACCAAAAGGCCCAACUAAUGUAAUCAAGAUUCUAAAAAAAGCCGGCGAGUUUAAGGUACUUAUUCGUCUUCUAAAAUCCACACAACUCGAUAGCAACUUAAACUCUCAAUUGGGCAACACUAACAAUGGCUUAACAAUUUUGGCGCCAAGCGACAGUGCAUUUGCAAGUCUCAAGAAACGCACUGUUAGCUCCUUAACACAUCAAGAAACGGUAGAGUUGGUGCAGUUUCAUAUUAUUCCAAUGUUUAUUUCGUCUUCUCAGUUUGAUACUGUCACCAACCCUUUAAAGACUCAUGCCGGAUCAGGAAAUCGGUUUCAACUUAACGUUACAACAAAUGGCAAUUCUGUUAAUAUAACUACGGGACUUACUAAUACAACUAUAUCUGAUACUAUUUAUACAGAUGAUCAUCUUGCUAUUUACAAGGUUGAUAAGGUCUUGCUUCCUUUGGAUAUUUUCACACCUAAACCUCAGACUCCGGCUCCGGCACCGGCGACCAAAAAGAUUGAUUCAUUGAGUGAUGAUGAUGGUGACGAUGAUGAUGGGAAGGUUGGUAAGGAUUCUUCUCGUGCAGUAUGUUUUGUUUUGGAUUAUAAUUUGGUGUUAUUUGGAGUAAUUGGUUUAUGUUGGGUAUGGAGUCAUCUACUCAAUGGUGUAUGAUUUUUGUUAUCUUGAAAUGGACGGUGGUGAUGUUAUGUGAUGUGACGAAAUGAAGAGACAUGGUGAGUGAUUUUGAAAUUUGUAUCAUUGAUUAAUUAAUUAAUUGUCAAGCUCUUGUGGUUAAGGUUUAAUUUUGAGAGUUCUUGUUC